AUGAUUCGCUCGCGAAGUCUCUCCGGUCGACUGGUCGGCCCUUGGGCUUUUCCAGGGGCUUGGAAUUGUGUUGCGAACCAUACCCGGAGGCAACUUUCCCAAUCGCCCUACAGGAACUCGAGUCCCCAGAGUGCCAUCUCGGCCGAGGAAUCAUUCGGCGAGGCUGCGGAACGGCGCAGAGUCGACAAGAAGAACAAACGGGCAAAGAACGUCGCAGACGGUUCAAACCAGCUCGAUGACACGAAUUCGCACUCCUCAGAUGCGGCCAAGGCCUGGACCGACUUCUUCAAGCGGCAGGACUCGGUUGAAGGGCCCAACGACAGCCAAGCAUCAUGGAAGAGCAUCAUUUCGGGUCAAGCUGAAAAGCUGACGGUACCGCAGAGGUCCACGAAUCCGACCGGCGACGCGGAAAUCGAUGUCGCCAAAUCUACAUCAACGAAGCGCGCGCGCUCAAGGCCGCAUGCCACGCCUAAAUCCUCGCUCGAAGAAGGGGUCCUUGCUGCCAAGUCUAGGAAAAGAGACAGCUCCAAAAAACAAAAAGGUGUCGACUCAAAAGGAGGCUCUUCCAACAAGGUGGCUUCUUCGAAAAAGAAAUCCGGCGCAACGCCCGAGCAGGUGGAAGGGAAACGCUUGGUCGUCAAAGUGGUUCGGCCUCGAUGUCUGCAUCUCCAGCCCGUGGAGGAAGACAGCCGAAAAGAGGUUCCCACCUUGAGUCACAGCCUAGAGCGCGUCCUCUUCAAUCAGGGAGUCUACCAAAUGCAGGACGAGCGCAGCGGUGUCUUCAACUUUGACCCCUAUCUCGCAUCGAUUAUGCCCAUCAAAGAGUUCGACUUUAACGCCCUCAAGGAUUACAUUACGUCCUCGAAGGAUGUCAAGCUACGACAGCUUUGCGCCCAGCACAAAAUGAAAUACUGCGGCUCGACUUCUAGCAUGACAUCAAUACUGUCCCAUUUCCACUUUCUUCUUUCCGCCUGGAGGCAGAUCUACAUUGGCAACUUGUCGCAGUCGCUGAAACCCGACUCCCUGAACUUCACCCUCAUCAGCCGGGCGCCGGCCGCUGCCUAUGCACGGCUCGACGACGGUGUGUACGCCAUCGAUGCAGACAAGCAAUACGACACGGAGAAUGUCCUCAGCAUGCUUGGAAAGUCCAUGGAGAAGCUUCUCACUUUACCCAAGGAGGAGUUUGAAAAGUACCGAAAGACCAAGUCCCACCAAAUCCCCGAGGAGGAGAGAAAUGCAGACGAGUCGUACCAUUACACAACCCUGGGCGACUUCUUGAUGCGCUCGCAGCUCGACGCACAGGACUCGCGACUGCCCGGGACCGGAAUGUUUGACCUCAAGACAAGGGCUGUUGUUUCCAUCCGAAUGGAUGUCCAGGGCUACGAGAAGGGUGUUGGCUACGAGAUCCGCAGGCGCUUUGGCCAGUGGGAGUCGUUUGAGCGCGAGUACUACGACAUGAUUCGAUCAGCCUUUCUCAAAUAUUCGCUGCAGGUUCGAAUGGGGCGCAUGGAUGGAAUUUUCGUUGCCUUCCACAACACACAGCGCAUCUUCGGUUUCCAGUACAUCAGCUUGCCAGAGAUGGACCAAGCUAUCCACGGCACAAACGACCUGAGAGUUGGGGACCAGGAAUUCAAGUGCAGCAUCGCGCUACUGAAUGAUUUGAUGGAUCGUGCGACGGCGCGCUUCCCAGGGCGAACGCUACGGCUUCACGUCGAGACCCGUCCAACCAAAGUCCCAUUAACAUACUUCUUCGUCGAGCCAGUUACGGAAGAAGAAAUGGAGAGAAACCAGGCAGCAAGCAAGCCGUUGGCGGACAAGCUGGAACAGGAGAUACGCCAAAGCUUGGAGGACAGCGAAGUUGAGCGGACGCAAGACGAGGCGGUUGCCCAUUCCGAGCAGCAGCAGCAGCUUGAAGAGACAGAUGGGCCUACGGAUGGUGCAGCUGCCGACGAUCCUCAGAGCGACGCUGCGUGGAAGGAGUUGAUGAGGAAGGUCGAGGAGACGGUUGAGAACGAAUCCCUGGGCAUUGUGUCAGUGAGAGAUGCCAUCCAAGGUGCAUUGGAACAAAGUGGCCUCCUCCGGGGUCUGACCGAGCUGGAAAGCGACAAAUGCCUAGACGAAAUGGUUGCGGUCCUGACUGCACACCUACUUGAGGGCAAAGAAUCCCAAGAUUUGAUGGCGGAAGAGGACGAAGACAGCGCUCGACCCGAUGACUCGGAUUCGGUUUCUGCCAAGGAUGAGCCGAAGCCGGACGGCGCCUCACUGACUGAUCUGAUUAUAAGGGUGACCAAGACAGUGGACGAGGAGAGGCAGAGCUUGAAAACCUUUCAACGCGUGUUUGUUGAUCUGGCUACUCAAUCGAGGAAGCCGGAAACCGCACAAGAAGAUGAGGCAGGCAAGAUGGGCCGUGACACUGAUGGAGUCGUGGAGGAGCAGGAUUCUGCCAGUGCCGAAAGGGGGGCUGCCAUGGCCGACACCGCCGAGGAGCAUACCGAUGCUAUCAAGGCCGGUGAGCGCGCCGAUGCUAGCAAGGUCGAAGAAGCUGCAGCCAAGGCCGACAUUGAGCACGAUACUAAAAAGCAGCCCGAUAUAUUGGGCAUGUACGUCACCAUCCGCAGCAAGGUCAACGGCGACUUUGUGGAGCGUCCUGAGCAGCCGGGCCGGCAAUUCGACUGGACCGUUCAAUACGCCAUCACUGAGCUGCCCGUAAAGCGAGCGCAAAAAAUCUAUGCCGAGAUGAAGAAGCGGCGACGGAAAGCUUUUGAGAGUGAUCCUGAAACAAAGGAAGCCGACUGGCACCGGAUGUUCGGGGGAAGCUUGCCUGACAGAACCAAGCGGGGUGUGGACUACAGGAGAAGGAGGACGCAACAGGAAGCCGGCAACCCCAUUUAUGUUGCGUGGAACAGGAACCCAUUGGCUCCAGAAACCCCCCUCACAACGGACUCGGGCCCGAGCGAAUGA